CUAGACUCUCUCUCUCCCCGCUCCCCGGCCCGGCCCCCGCCCCGCCCCGCCCCAGCCCGCUGGGCCGCCAUGGAGCGCUGGCCUUGGCCGUCGGGCGGCGCCUGGCUGCUCGUGGCUGCCCGCGCGCUGCUGCAGCUGCUGCGCUCAGACCUGCGUCUGGGCCGCCCGCUGCUGGCGGCGCUGGCGCUGCUGGCCGCCCUCGACUGGCUGUGCCAGCGCCUGCUGCCCCCGCCGGCCGCACUCGCCGUGCUGGCCGCCGCCGGCUGGAUCGCGUUGUCCCGCCUGGCGCGCCCGCAGCGCCUGCCGGUGGCCACUCGCGCGGUGCUCAUCACCGGCUGUGACUCUGGUUUUGGCAAGGAGACGGCCAAGAAACUGGACUCCAUGGGCUUCACGGUGCUGGCCACCGUAUUGGAGUUGAACAGCCCCGGUGCCAUCGAGCUGCGUACCUGCUGCUCCCCUCGCCUAAAGCUGCUGCAGAUGGACCUGACCAAACCAGGAGACAUUAGCCGCGUGCUAGAGUUCACCAAGGCCCACACCACCAGCACCGGCCUGUGGGGCCUGGUCAACAACGCAGGCCACAAUGAUGUAGUUGCUGAUGCGGAGCUGUCUCCAGUGGCCACUUUCCGUAGCUGCAUGGAGGUGAAUUUCUUUGGCGCACUUGAGCUGACCAAGGGCCUCCUGCCCCUGCUGCGCAGCUCAAGGGGCCGCAUCGUGACUGUGGGCAGCCCAGCGGGGGACAUGCCAUAUCCAUGCUUGGGGGCCUAUGGAACCUCCAAAGCGGCUGUGGCGCUACUCAUGGACACAUUCAGCUGUGAACUCCUUCCCUGGGGGGUCAAGGUCAGCAUCAUCCAGCCUGGCUGCUUCAAGACAGAGUCAGUGAGAAACGUGGGUCAGUGGGAAAAGCGCAAGCAAUUGCUGCUGGCUAACCUGCCUCAAGAGCUGCUGCAGGCCUACGGCAAGGACUACAUCGAGCACUUGCAUGGGCAGUUCCUGCGGUCACUACGCCUGGCCAUGUCCGACCUCAGCCCAGUUGUAGACGCCAUCACAGAUGCGCUGCUGGCAGCUCGGCCCCGCCGCCGCUAUUACCCUGGCCAGGGCCUGGGGCUCAUGUACUUCAUCCACUACUACCUGCCUGAGGGCCUGCGGCGACGCUUCCUGCAGGUCUUCUUCAUCAGUCACUGUCUGCCUCGAGCACUGCAGCCUGGCCAGCCUGGCGCUACCCCACCACAGGACGCAGCCCAGGACCCAAACCUGAGCCCCGGCCCUUCCCCAGCAGUGGCUCGGUGAGCCAUGUGCACCUAUGGCCCGGCCACUGCAGCACAGGAGGCCCCGCGAGCCCUUGGUUCCUCCCCGAAAACCCCCGGCAUUACGAUCCCCCAAGUCUGUCCUGGACCCUGGCCUAAAGAAUCCCACCCCCCAGGCCAGGCGCGGUGGCUCACGCUUGUAAUCCCAGCGCUUUGGGAGGCCGAGGCAGGCGGAUCAGGAGGUCAGGAGAUCGAGACCACGGUGAAACCCCGUCUCUACUAAAAAUACAAAAAAUUAGCUGGGCGUGGUGGCAGGCGCCUGUAGUCCCAGCUACUCGGAGAGGCUGAGGCAGGAGAAUGGCAUGAACCCGGGAGGCAGAGCUUGCACUGAGCCGAGAUUGCGCCACUACACUCCAGCCUGGGCGACAGAGCGAGACUCCGUCUUAAAAAAAAAAAAAAAAAGAAUCCCACCCCCACUUCACGCCCACUGCCGAUGCCCAAUCCAGGCCCGGUGAGGCCAAGGUUUCCCAGUGAGCCUCUGCGCCUCUCCACUGCUUCAUGAGCCCAAACAGACCCUCCUGGCACGACGCUCUACCCUGAAGCUUGGAGAACUCCGCUGGAUGGGGAGUCUCAUGCAAGACUUCACUGCAGCCUUUCACAGGACUCUGCAGAUAGUGCCUCUGCAAACUAAGGAGUGACUGGGUGGGUUGGGGACCCCCUCAGGAUUGUUUCUCGGCACCAGUGCCUCAGUGCUGCAAUUGAGGGCUAAAUCCCAAGUGUCUCUUGACUGGCUCAAGAAUUAGGGCCCCAACUACACCUCCCCAAGCCACAGGGAAGCAUGUACUGUACUUCCCAGUUGCCACAUUUUAAAUAAAGACAAAUUUUUAUUUCUUCUAAAA